GGUUCUUAGGUGUAUCAUCGUUACUUUUUGCACCAUCGUCUCCGCUCUUAGGUGAAUUUUUCAAUCUCAUAUGUCAGCCGCUCUGUUUCUUUUUCUUUGACCGUAAUCUCAACCUCUCUCUCUUUCGCCUUUUCUCUAUCAUACUUAAUACACCAACUAACGUUUUCAUAAUUUAACACGGCACAAAGAUAAAGCCCUUUUCUCCCCUCUUCCUUUUUUCAAAAUUUCACUUCGCAAGCUGCAGAAUUUUGUUUGGGCUUGGGUUCCUGCUCUCUAGAUCGACCCCUUGGGUUUCCCCUUUCGCCGCUCUCUCACGGGGAAUUUAGCUUCCAAGAUCUGUUUUUUACCCAUUCUAGCAUGUGAUUCAGAUAGAACAGGAGCUCAGCAGUGUAAGAAGUUGGAGUUUUAGGCAUUGAAAUUGUAAUCGUCCGUUGAUUUAAGUUUGGUUUUGCUGCAAGAUUUGGAUACUGCGGUCUAAAACUUGCUUAUGUUGGUGGGUUUGCUGCUAUUAAACUUAGAGAGUUGCCGGAUUUGGGUUUUUUUGAUACAAGGAUACUUGAGGAGAUCAGCUCCCCAACUACGCAGAUUUCACGUGUAGCUGCUUAUGCCAUGGGUGGAAUAUGAAUCUCUUUAAUUGGGAUUGACUGCUUGAGUUGCUCUGCUCAAGAUGAUCGACCAAUUUAUUAAUUUUGUCAUUAGGCCACCUAGGGCUGAUUACAACCCAGAUCAAUAUCUAUGGGAAAAGGAAUUUACUCUCGCAGGAAGAAAGUACAAGAGAGAAGAUGUGGAGCUUAGUAAUGAAAGGGGUCAUACCUUAAGAUGUAGCCAUUACUCUCCUUCACAAGUCCCAGAUGAUUCACCUCUCCCUUGUGUUAUAUAUUGCCACGGAAACAGUGGAUGUCGGGCAGAUGCAAAUGAAGCAGCUGUAGUUCUUCUGCCUUCAAAUAUCACAGUGUUCACCCUUGAUUUCUCAGGUUCUGGCUUGUCUGAUGGAGAUUAUGUUAGUCUUGGUUGGCAAAUUAAGUAAAAGUUCCUACCUUAAUUUCAGAAAAAUGACCUCAAGGUUGUGAUAUCAUAUUUGAGGAGCAAUGAGAAAGUAUCUCGCAUUGGCCUUUGGGGAAGAUCAAUGGGUGCAGUAACAAGCCUUCUUUAUGGAGCAGAAGACCCUUCCAUAGCUGGAAUGGUGCUGGACAGUGCCUUCUCUAAUUUGUUCAAUCUGAUGCUGGAACUUGCAGAUGUGUACAAAAUCCGACUUCCCAAAUUCACAGUUAAAAUGGGUCUUCAAUACAUGCGAAGAGUAAUACAGAAGAAGGCCAAAUUCGAUAUCACCCGGCUUGAUUGCAUACAGGUUGCUCCCAAGACAUUUAUUCCUGCUUUGUUUGGGCAUGCAAAAGAUGACAAAUUUAUUCAACCUCAGCAUUCUGAUGCUAUCUUUAAUUUGUAUGCGGGGGAUAAAAAUAUUAUCAAAUUCGACGGCGACCACAACUCAUCGCGGCCUCAAUUUUAUUAUGAUUCUGUGUCUAUUUUUUUCUAUAACGUCCUCCAUCCUCCUCCACCUCCAUCUUCAUAUUCAACAAAGAUUGAGAAAUACUAUGAUCUGGGAGAUGUUAAAGGUGGUACUGGUGUGGAAGAGAAUAUCUUAUAUGAGAUAAUAGCCGGGCUUCAAAAUGUUAGUGCUGAUGCACCUAGUUCUUCUGCUGUACCUCAUAACCUUUCAUCUACAAAAUCUGUGGGGGAAUUACUCUCUGACAUAGCACCUGUCUGUAAUGAGGCUUUGGCUUCUGAAGAAGCUGAACUCAAGAUUCUCAGCAGUAGUAGCACACCACCUCAAGAGGACAAGCAAACCGGCCAAAACGAAGAGUGUUGCUCCUACACGAGUUCAAAUAGAGAAAGUUGGGGAAGAUGCUCGUUCCUGGGCAGUGAUGAUCUGCCUUCUAUGGAGACAAGCAUCAGCAACUCCGAUCAGACAACUAUAAAGGUCCUUGCCACGCCUCUUCGAAAUUCAGAACAAAAUACGUUGGGGUCUCCAAAGGAUGACACAAAGAAGAAGAAAAAGAACAAAGCUAGCUCAAGCACAAAGAAGUCGAAACGGGAGAAAUUUGAAAAGCUGGAGGCUUUGAGCCAGCGCAUUCGUCUUUGCAUCUUGAAGAGAGUUAAUCAUCGGAGAAACUGCUCGACUUGACUAACCCUCAUUGUAUUAGAGUAGGAUGUUGCUCUCUUAGUCUUCCCAUCUUCUUCUGCUUUAUAAACUCAAGGAAAAGCCCAAGUUUGAUAUGUUGUUAGGAGGCUACCCACUUUGACCAUAUUUCAUACUGCUUUUACUACCAUUUUAACCACUCACUUUCUAUUAACAUCAUAUUUGUUCUGCAAA